GCGGGAUUUCCGGGGGGCGGUGCAGGUGGGUCCCGGCACCGCGAGUACUCCGAGCCCCCGGAGCCCGGUGAGCCCCGGGCCCGCCCCGCGCCCCCCGGGGGACACCGGUACCCCACACCCGCCCUCUACGGGGACACCCCGUGCACCCUCCCCGGGCCCAGCCCUGCGUGCCCCGCACACCCCCGGUGCGGUACCGGCUGUGCCCCGUCCCCCCAGCCCGGUCCAGCCCCGGUGCCCCGCCCGCCCUGGCUGCAGCACCCGCGGGGGGAGUGUCGCUGCCCGGCCUGGCGGACUUCGCCCCUGGCGCUCGCAGCAGGGUUUUCCGUCCCUGCCGUGUGUCCGUGCGGACCCCAGUGGGGCCGUGAGCCCCCCACGAGGGACACUGCCCCCGGGACUGAGGCGGACGGAGGGCCGGGUGCCCGCACCCCUCCGAUGUGACCGGCACUGACUCGCUCUCGGAGCGCCUGGCUCUCGCCUGUGUCCCUGGCUGCCCUUGUACCCGAGGCCAUGCUCAGGCUGCGCCUGCUGACCUGGGAUGUGAAGGACACUCUGCUGCGGCUGCGGCGGCCCGUGGGGCAGAGCUACGCGGCCGAGGCGCGGGCACAGGGGCUGCAGGUGCAGCCGGAGGCUCUGGGACGGGCGUUCCGGGAGGCCUACGGGGCCCAGAGCCGCCGCUUCCCCAACUACGGCCGGGGGCAGGGGCUCAGCUCCCGGCAGUGGUGGGUGGACGUGGUCAAACAGGCCUUCGUGCUCUCGGGGGUGCAGGACGGUGCAGCCCUGACGGCGCUGGCAGAGAAGCUCUACCGCGACUACUGCAGCUCCCACAACUGGGAGCUGCUGCCCGGGGCCGAGGAGACCCUGAGCCGGUGCCGCCAGCGCGGCUUCCGCAUGGGCGUCGUGUCCAACUUCGACAACCGGCUGGAAAACAUCCUCUCGCAGUGCAACCUGCGGCACCACUUCGAGUUCGUGCUCACCUCCGAGGCCGCGGGGGUCGCCAAGCCCAACAGGAGGAUCUUUCAGGAGGCCCUGCGGCUCGGGGGCGUCCCCCCAGAGCAGGCGGCUCACGUUGGGGAUGAUUACACCCGGGAUUACCGGGCAGCCCGGGCCGUGGGCAUGCACAGCUUCCUGCUCCGCACGGCCGGGCACGGCCCGGAGCCCGAGGUGCCCCCUGAGCACGUCCUGCCCACCCUCAGCCACCUCCUGGCCCGGAUCGAGAAGGGGUAGCUGCGGUUUGGAGGAGCCCAGCGCUGCUGCCAGGUGCUGAACUGGUCCUGAUGUGGGGUUCCCUGCUGCCGGGGGGCAGGGAACAGCAGCGAGCGGAUCAAGCACAGGGAGCAGCGCUGCCUGCAGAGCAGGAGGGGUGUUCCUGCAAUAAAACAUAUCUGACAGCCA